UCGCCUUUACUCGACCUGACGAGGGGGCGAGCGCAAUCUACAACUGAACUGGUGGUGACUCCGCUGUUGCAAGAUCGGACGCCUUACUCGACACUAUCGCCGAUUAUCUCCUUGGCAGGGCAGGCACAGCGACUGAAACCCCUCCCUCGCUUCGUGUUGUCGACAACACCCUUCCGAAACAAGGCUCAAGCUCCCUAAGUCUCCCCUCAUGCCCGGUUUCGCCUCGAGAUAGAUUCAGAAGAGACGAAGAAUAAGAAGAAGACAAUCGUGGCUUCGGGUGCUUUCCCAACAGCAAGUAGGGAACGACGCGGACGAGAGCGAGGGCGCGGCCUCGAACCAGAGCCGCAGCUCUCGACACUAUACCGAAUUGUCAAUGGACCCCGCAGCCAUGGACUUUGUGAUGCACUCGUCGUCCCCUGAUCGGGCAGGCCUGACGCCCAUGGACAUAGACCAGCAACAACAACAACAACAGCAACAACCACAAUCAUUUUCCUCGCCUUGCCCAGGGUCACACACAGCAGAACCGAGUCGGCAUCCGGGCAUGCACCCAGGUCCUCGGGGCGGCGGAGGCACAUACGCAUACGAUCCAGUACACGCCAGCUCCCCAGGCGCCAGCUGGUGGCCACCGCAAUAUCACCACCACAACAAUAACCCGCAUCAAAGUUGGCAGCACCCAACCCUCGCUCCCUAUCCUCGGUCUGGCCCAAAUUUCUAUUCACCGAGCUACCCACCCAUCACCGGGCCUGGUCCGGGGCUCCCGCAAUCUAACCCCGGAAGUCAACCACACUACCCGCCAAUGAAUGGGCAAGAAAACUACAACCCACACGCUCAUGCACACCUUCACAUGCCCUCUUACUAUCCCGGACCCAUGAUGCCGAACUUACCCAGAAUCGGUGGACCACCUCCCACACAGAGCCAAAGCGGAUUCUUUGGGGGAGCUGGGGAUUCGCACGCGGGCCGGGCAGGUGGCUUGCCUUCAUUGAGUUCUAACCCGGCGCCGCGUCAAACCACAAGCAUGCCACAACCUCGCAGUCUGAAUCGCCAUUCAGUGCAUAAUGUUGAGCCCCCAUCCCCCACGAGACAGGAACCCAGGGGACAUUCGGGGGGGCGGACGAUUGAGGGAGAACACGCACAGCUAGCUUUACGCCCAACCUUGGGAACGCCAUCAAGCACCUUCGCGGCCCCCGAGUUUAUGCCCCGUAGAGAAUCAUCGGCUGCCGCCCUCGGCCGAUCUCGCACCGCGGCCUCCAGUUCAGAACCAUCCAGUGACGAAGAAGCAGAUCCCAACGACCCCGAGGCAGUAACGAUGCGUAGGAUGAUAGAGGCGGGCCUGCUUCCACCUUCAUUGACUGGUCCUGAAGAAACGAUCCGUCAACAGCAGCUUCUCAGGGGGUCUCUGCCAACGCGACGUGUAGCUUCAAGAAGUGCUAUCUCGUCGUUACAAAGUGUCACUAUCCAGGAUUUGCCUGAGAGCGAGAGGACCUGCAUAAUCUGUUACAAUGAGUUCGGCAUCGAGAACCCCGAGGGCAUCAAUGAGGCGCCCCUGCGACUUCCCAGAUGCAAACACGUCUUUGGCGACCAUUGUAUUAAGAAGUGGUUUGAAGAAUCUGACAGUUGCCCAUAUUGCAGAGACAAGGUCCCGUCUGAGCCUCAAUUUCGCCAGCAACGUCAUCACAUGAUGGGCUUCAUGGGUCGACAUGCGCAUCUCACAAUGCACGCGAUACCUCGUCCCCAACCUGGCUCGCCAGGCGAAUCUUAUCAAGUUCCAAGCUAUCGCCCCAGGGACACCCAUCGGGCCGCCUGGCAUGCUUCACCCGAGCGCCGCUCGCCAACGGGAAGACGCCGCCAUACCAGCCUGCGCGGAUCUCCUCCUUCUGUUCGACCUACGUCCUCCUACAUAUCGUCGACGACCCCUGGGCAGCCUUAUUACAACCUCCCUCAGUUGAGUUCGACUCUUGAUAGAGAUCAACUGCCGUUUCUAAUGGGCGUUCCGGCUGGCCAAUAUCCCAACCCCCUGCAUUCUAUGAAUUCUGGAAGUUCGACAAAUGCUGCAGACCCGUUCCGCCCAAACUGGCCUCAAGCAUAGGACGACGAGGACUUCUGGGCCGACGUUGUCCUAAAUCCUUUGGCAGUUAUGCGUGCACUUCGCCCUAGACGGCUCACCCGGGUGAAUGAAAUGAGCGAAGAGGAUGUUGACUAAGUUCUGCUCCCAAUCAUUGUGUCUCAAUGCCAUUCCCCCCAUCUAUAG